CUUGCGACAUCGAACUUCUGAAGAAAAAGACCAGCAACUCCACUUCCUACUCACCACAACAAAGAUGGAUUCAAUCGAGCUCCAAAGCAAGAAGCGCAAGAGGAAGCACGGUGGCUCCAAGGCUGCCAAAAUCGAUGGGCCAAUUGUCGCCGACAAACCAGAAACCUCCGUCAAGUCCAAGAAGUCUUCCAAGACGAAGGAAGGAAAACCCAGCAAGAAAGUGAAGAACGUUCACGAAUCGGACGAUGAGGAGGAAGCUUUCGAAGACGACGCUGAAGACGAAGAAGAUGAAGAGGUAGAGAAUUCAACCGAAGAACAAGCCAUCGAGGCCGCCGAAGAGGAGGAAGAUAAUGGAGGGGAGGAAUUGGCCGAAGGACCAGUCCCAGGCGCCGGAACUCUUUCGUUACCAGAAACCGGAGAAGAGGCAAAGAAGUUUUCCGAGUUAAAGCUAUCCGACAAAACUAUGAAAGCGCUUGUGGAGGACAUGAUGUUUGAAACCAUGACCGAGAUUCAACGGAGGGGUAUUCCACCACUACUCGCAGGUCGCGAUGUCCUUGGAGCUGCCAAAACAGGGUCUGGAAAGACGCUUGCCUUUUUGAUUCCAGCGAUUGAAAUGUUGAGCGCAUUGAGAUUCAAACCUCGAAACGGGACUGGUGUUAUUGUUGUUUCGCCCACUAGAGAAUUGGCUCUGCAGAUAUUCGGUGUCGCUCGGGAGCUCAUGGCGCAUCACUCGCAGACAUAUGGAAUUGUUAUCGGAGGAGCAAAUCGAAGAGCGGAGGCUGAGAAGCUUGCCAAAGGUGUUAACCUUAUCAUUGCCACUCCUGGACGAUUACUCGAUCAUCUACAGAAUACCCAGGGAUUCGUCUUCAAGAAUCUCAAGGCCUUGGUUAUUGAUGAGGCUGACAGAAUUCUGGAAAUCGGAUUCGAAGACGAGAUGAGACAAAUCGUCAAGAUCUUACCCAAGGACGACAGACAGACAAUGCUUUUCUCAGCCACGCAAACAACGAAGGUCGAGGAUUUGGCCAGAAUAUCCUUGAGACCUGGACCAUUAUACAUCAAUGUUGAUCACCAAAAAGAGCACAGUACUGUCGAGGGCCUCGAGCAAGGCUACGUAGUAUGCGAUUCCGACAAACGAUUUCUCUUACUUUUCUCUUUUCUUAAGCGCAACCUCAAGAAGAAGAUUAUUGUCUUCCUCUCAAGUUGCGCCUGUGUAAAAUAUCAUGCCGAACUCCUGAACUAUAUCGACCUCCCAGUCUUGGAUCUUCAUGGCAAACAAAAACAACAGAAGCGCACCAACACAUUCUUCGAGUUCUGCAAUGCAAAGCAAGGAACCCUGAUUUGUACAGAUGUUGCUGCACGAGGCUUAGAUGUAAGUUCAAUACCCCUCCGGAUCUUUGAAAGCAAUACUGACAACUUUUAGAUCCCGGAUGUUGAUUGGAUUCUUCAAGUCGACCCUCCAGAUGAUCCACGAGACUACAUUCAUCGUGUAGGUCGUACCGCAAGAGGCUCGAAUGGAAAGGGGCGAUCUCUUCUAUUCCUUCAGCCUAGUGAGAUCGGAUUCCUUGCGCAUCUCAAAACUGCUCGUGUUCCUGUGGUUGAAUUCGAUUUCCCUGCCAAGAAAAUUGUCAAUGUCCAAUCACAGCUCGAGAAGCUCAUUUCCCAGAAUUAUUAUCUCAACAAGAGUGCAAAAGAUGGUUACAAAAGUUAUUUGCAAGCAUACGCGAGUCACAGUCUCCGAACCAUUUUCGACGUUCACAAGUUAGAUUUGGUCAAAGUUGCGAAGGGAUUUGGAUUCACCGCUCCUCCAAGAAUUGAUUUGGCAUUGGGUGCUAGUAUGAGCCGGGACAAGAAAACUUCUGGAAGAAGACCAUACGGAAGCCAGCCCAAACAAGGCGGAAGCUUCAAGAAGAGAGGUACUUAGUUAAUGGGGAUGAGUCAGCGGUCGUAUCUUUGGGGUCUCAAAAACCACCUGUGGAUUUUGAUUGGUCCAAUCCUCGCGGGUCUCGAGAUGCAUUCCGCUUACCUUCUAGUGUCGAAACGAAUAUGGAAUAUACCCCCGGGAAUAUCAACUGUGCCUCUGUUCUGUGAGAUUCGGGAUCAUUGAAGUGGGCCAUUAUCCCGCAAAGGGGCAAAGCACCACAAAGGA